AUGGCUGUUACUAAAGAACAUAAGGCUCGAUGGAAGAAAACGGGAUGCAUAGUAAUGACUGGAGGAUGGACUGAUAAAAGAAGAAGAACAAUAAUCAAUUCUUGUGUGCAUAGCUCUAAGGAAGUUGUGUUACUUAAGUUCAUUGAUGCAUCUCAAAUCACCAAAACAACUGACAAAAUUCUUAAGAUGAUUGAUGAAGUGGUAAAGGAGGUUGUGAAGAAAACAUUGUCCAAAAUGUUUAACUCUGAUGAAUGGAAGACUAGCCAAUAUGCUAAGUCAGCAAAUGGAAUGCUUAUUGAAAAUUUAGUGAUGGACAAAGUGUUUUGGAGAAAUGUUGACAUUUGUUUGAUAAGGGUAACGCCUUUGAUUGAGAUGCUUCGGUUGGUUGAUUCAGAUGAUGAAGUCAUGGGCUCCAUUUAUGAUACGAUGGAUCGAGCCAAGGAGAAAAUUGAAUCGGAGUUCAAAAAGAAACCUUCAUUAUGGGACAAUAAACUCCAUAGGCCUUUGCAAGCUGCAGGCUAUUACUUAAACCCCAAACAUCAUUAUUCUCCUACCUUUAAAGUGGAUUAUGAGGUGAAAGUUGGACUAUAUGAUUGUGUAAAAAGGAUGGUGGGGGAUCUUGCUGUGGAAAGAAAGAUUGAUCAACAACUUGAGGCAUUCAAGGAUCGUGAAGGUCUUUUAGGGAUUUCUUUUGCUAGGGAUGGAGUUGAUACCAAGAGUCCAGCAGCAUGGUCCACACACAAAAAAAGAAACCAUUUGAAGCAUAACACAAUAAAUGAUGUUGUUUUUGUAAUGGCUAACUCAAGAUUAGGCAAUAGAAAGCAUAAGAUAUCUCCACAAAUUGAAUGUAACUUUGAUGACAUUGAUUCGGAUGAUUAUUGGAUUGUGGAGCCAACAUAUGAAGAAAAUUUGGAAGAUGUUGAAGUAUAG